AUGCAGGUAUCACCUGAAGGUUUGUGUACAGAAGGUUGGUUUUGCCCAGAGGGAUCCGUAUCUGACCAGGACCCAGGCCACCUCUGUCCUCCUGGUCACUACUGUCCUACAGGAAGUCCAGAACCCAAACCAUGUCCCCCUGGAAAAUACCAGGAUGAACUUGGUCAAAGCCAGUGCAAGCUGUGCCCAGCUGGAAAGUUCUGCGAUCCUGAUUUCCAUGCACAAGAUUCCAAAGAAACUCCACCAAAGGGCGUAGUCAAGCCAUUGAACUGUCUACUUGGUUAUUACUGCCUCUCAGGGACUAAAUUUGCAAAGCAGUUUCCCUGCCCUGAUGGCACCUUCAGCAACCAAACCGGCCUGAGCAGCUCUCAAGAAUGCAGGCCCUGUCCUGAAGGGAAAUUUUGUGCAAAUCCAGGUCUUGUGAUGCCUAGUGGCCCUUGUUUGCCUGGAUACUACUGCAUCCUGAAGGCACAUGUACCUAACCCUGCUGGUGAUGAAACAGGAGCCUUGUGCCCCGCUGGGCAUUACUGCCCCUUGGGGAGCAGCAUCCCAACGCCAUGCCCUAGUGGGACUCUGCUGCCCCAGCCUGGAAAGAUCUCCCGUGAUGCCUGCUUGCCAUGUCCUGGGGGAAGUUUCUGCCAAGGAGAAGGUCUGGCCAAUGUUUCAGGACUAUGUCACGCUGGGUACUACUGUGAAAUGGCAUCCUCUCGCCCUGACCAGAAGCUCUGCCCCCCAGGGUUCUACUGCCCCAAAGGCACAGGGCUUCCAGUUCCAUGUGUGUCAGGAACCAUCAAUCCCCACUAUGGGGAGUGGAAUGCCUCUGGCUGCAAACUCUGUCCGGCUGGGCAUUUCUGCAGUGGACCAGGAAGGAUUGUUCCAGAAGGGAAAUGUUCCCUGGGUUAUUACUGUCCGUCAGGGCAGAUGUCUGCCACACCUGCCUCCCUGCGGUGUCCACGUGGCUUUUACUGCCUUGAAGGAUCCGUGGCUCCAGUGGCUUGCCAGAAGGGAAGCUACCAGCUGGAAGAAGGGAAAGGAUCAUGUGAACUUUGUCCAGUGGGAUUCUUUUGUGAGCCUUUCAAUGAAAGUGUUGCAAUAUCAGUUCCUAGCCCAUGUAUCCCUGGGCAUUUUUGCCCCCUGGGAACCACAUCUGACACAGAACACCCAUGCCCCAAGGGAACAUAUGGACCGAAAGCUGGUGCCACUCAGGAAUCUGACUGUGAAUCUUGUCCAGCAGGGAGGUAUUGUUCAUCUCCUGGACAGUCCCAACCAACAGGUCUUUGCUAUGAAGGCUACUAUUGCACCAAAGGAGCAGUGAACCCAACACCCAUCAGACAAAGGGUGGAUUCUGCCAGUUUCCUUCUCGCUGGGAAUGGCAUCUGUCCCUCUGGGCAUUUUUGCCCCAAUGGGACCGGCUACCCCAUCCCGUGCCCGCCUGGCUCUUUCUCCACCGCAUUGGGUCUGAAGGCAGAACAAGAGUGUCGCCCUUGCCCUGCAGGAUUCUACUGCAGCCAACCAGGGAUUUCUGAUCUUUCCCAGAUGGCCCCGUGCAACGAAGGGUACGUCUGCCUGGAGGGCAACGCUGCUCCCUGCCCCAAUGACAGGAUUCAUGGGUACCGAUGCCCAAGGGGCUUCCGUUGUCCGGAGGGCACCAGCUUGGAGGUUCCAUGUGAACCAGGCAUGUUCAGUCCCACAGACGGGGCCAGCACCUGUCUCCCUUGUCCGGCAGGUACAGCGUGCAGACAGGCGGCCACUGUGGAGCCACGCGGCUGCCCUCGAGGUUUCUACUGCCCGCUCCAGACGGCCAGCCCCUUGCCAUGUCCGGCGGGCACUCUGAACACCCUUGAGGGAGCUCUGUCCUUCCACGCUUGCAAGCCAUGCCCCGUGGGGAGGUACUGCCGUCGGGAUGCAAACUGGGAACCUGAUGGUCUCUGCUCUCCCGGCUAUUACUGCGCAGGAGGAGCUUCUGCUGCUGUCCCACAAAGUACACCUGAUUUCCCCCUCAAUGGGCCCUGCCCGCAGGGCCACUACUGUCCAGAAGGCACCUUGUCCCCUGUUGCCUGCCCAGUUGGCACACUGAACAAUGCAACAGGAGGUUCCUCUCCGGACUGCUGUUUACCUUGUUCUCCAGGAUUCUUCUGUGCUGGCUUGGGCUUGAGUUCACCUACUGGACCGUGCACUGCUGGCUUCUACUGUCCAGGAAACUUCAGCUCUUUCAGCCCUACUGCUUUCCUCUGUCCAGAGGGGCACUUCUGCCCAUCGGGAGCCGCCUAUCCAUCCCCAUGCCCCACCGGUCAAUACCAACCAAACCGGGGGGCAGAGCAGUGUCUCCCCUGCCAAGCGGGCUUCUUCUGCCAUGAGGCUUUCGCCGGACACCCGAAGCCCUGCCCGCCAUGCUCGUAUUGUCCUGCAGGUGCUUUGAUCCCUCACCCGUGUCCUGAUGGCACAUUUACUCCCCUGGAUGUGUCUGGUCUGCGUGAGGAACGAGAAUGUUUACCUUGUCCCCCAGGUCACUACUGCAGAGGAGGACGGAUUGAAGGAAGGUGUGCUUCUGGAUUCUUCUGCCAAGAAGGAAGUUCUGAUGCUACUCCACAAGGGCAUAACUUCACGUGGAAACUUCUAGCUGAUUGUCCUUGGGGUCAGGAGUGUGCCGGGCCCUGCCCAGCAGGCUUUUACUGCCCUGAAGGCACAGAGACCCCCAUCCCUUGUCCAGAUGACACCAUUGGUUCUGAGCCAGGCGCAAGGCAACAGGAAGACUGCCUGCCAUGUCCAGCCGGUCGCUGGUGUAAAACAGGAAAAGCAGUGGCCUAUCCAUGCCCCUAUGGGUCCCACUGCUAUGGGAUGAACCACACUGGCGCUGGCGGAUCCCGGACUCUCCAUCAAUGUCCCAAGCAGGCUUUCCGAACCGAGCCAGGAACUGAAAGCCAAUCAGAUUGCCAACCUUGCUCAUCAGACCAUCAAUGUCCUGGGACAGGUCCGAUGGCCCUUAGAAACUACCCUUGCGCUCCAGGACAUUGGUGUCCAGGAGGACAGGAAGCUUUCCUUUGUCCACCGGGAUCCUUUAGGACUCAGCCUGGUGCUACUACUUUGGAGGAGUGUAGACCCUGCCCUUCUGGCUUCUAUUGCCCAGAUCCAGCAAAGACAGGCAUCCCAAAUACUCACGGAAUACCUUGUGAACCAGGCUAUGAAUGCCCACCAGGUUCACCCAGUCCUUCUGUAUGCCGGCCUGGUUCUUUCUGUGGACCCCGUACAGGGAUCCCACCUCUGUGCCCUGCUGGGUAUUUUUGUCCUCAAGGGUCAUCCAUGUACAACAUUCCUGGGCAGCUGUGUGCCUACCCCCACUAUUGCCCUCUGGGCAGUGCCCAACCACUUCUUUGCCCAGCUGGCUAUACUGCCCUGAACAUGAUCGGUCUCAGGGAUUCCUUGGAGGACAGCUGCCAGGCCUGUGAGGUGGGCACCUAUGGAGGCAAUGGGGACACCCACCAACCCUGUUCACCUUGCCCACCAGGGUACAGUUGUCCAGCAGGAACAGCAAGUUAUCUCCAGCAUCCUUGCCCCAAAGGAUAUUACUGCCCAGCCCAGACCUCCUUGCCAGUGCCGUGCCCUCCUGGAACAUACGGGAACAGCAGCCUAGCUAAGGAGAGAGAGGCAUGCCACCCCUGCCCAGCUCAAACGUUUAAUCACCUCCUGGCUCAAACAGGAUGUUUUCCUUGUGGGAGUUCCUCAACAUCUCACUCAGGUGCUACCAGCUGUACUUGCCGGGGCCUCCAUCGGACUUUCCAGGAAUCUGAUGGGUCUUGCAUCUGCCAAGUGGGAUACCUUUACUAUGAUGAAAGAGGACUGAAAACACCGGAUAGCAAUAGUGACCAAGACUGCCAGCCUCAGGUGGAAGAGCGCUGUGGUCCUGGAGAGAUCCGCCUAGCAUCCAACAGACAAUGCGUCUUCCCUGAGUUGUAUAACUGCUCCCCGGUCUGUUACCCAGUGAAUGGAGAAGUCCAUGCUGAGCUUGGCAUGUGUCACUGCGAGCGGUACAUCUCUGCUGAAGAAAUCUGCGACCGGCUGUGUUUGUUGAGAUCUCCGCAGGUGUCCUUGAGGUUCAACACAGAAGGGGAGCUGCUCCUUAAGGUCGAGGGAAAUGGAGAAAGAGAGAUACCAAACACGCUGGGACCUGAUGAACAUAUUCUCCAAAGCGAGCAGGUCCGCUUGGCUCUCUUCAGCCCCAGUGGAGUUUUCGGCUUCCUUCUUUCCAGCCCGGACAUGCUUGAUGCUUUCCUGUCAGGAGAAUUGGAGCUGCUCCAUCAGGGCAAAAGACGUCGGCGAGAUGAAGAGGCUGCAUCAUCUCAACCUUCUCCUCCCUUACCCGCCAUCCCAAACCCAGUUGCGUGUCUGUCUGUGGGAGACGCAAUCCUUUUCCAGCUCAGCAUCAAUCCUCAUGGCAAGUAUAUGCAACCGUACUUGGUGGCCGGCCAUGCUGUGGCCAUAGGCCAUCUAAAAAUUUAG